CAUUUCGACUUAAAUAUAACCCCUUCAAAUUCUUAUUGUGAUGGAACCCAACAAAAUACAGAUUCAUAUCUGACCAAAAAUAUCAGAGAAGAACAUAAGAUGUGCAGGUCGAGCGACGCAUUCUUCUAUCGGAGCGAAAGAGAUUUCUUGAAGAUCAGAGCGUUUUACCUUCGAUUAUCAAUCUCUAAUGCUCAAACGCCCCUUCCCGAAUCACUCACCCUUCUAUAUCUCCCUCGCAUCGACGGAAGCUCUCUCGAGAUCAACGACUCCAAGAUCCGACCUGAUGCGGCAGCAUUCGUCUCCCUCCACCGACUCAUAUCCACGGACGGAAGCAAGAACGGCCAUAUUGAGGAAGCCGUAUUCGCGAGCAGAGAACGAGUUCGAGUGAGCCAAGGGAUCCAAUUCGAAGUGUACAUGAGGGAGGACAAAGUGCUGAUGGGAAUCUUCAGGAAGUAUGAUGAGGGGGAAUGGAAAAUGGAGUGCAAGUGCGUGAUGGAAUGCGAGUGCGUCGGGUUCCAGGUGUCGGAGGCCGAGGUCUGUGUUGCGUUGGAUGGACAGGUGGCCAUGAAUGAGAAGGUGAAGAUGGGGGUGCGGAGUAAGAAGAAGGCCAGAGGGUUCCGAGGGUUAGAGGAGAUACCAGAAGAGAGAGAGGUGAUGGACGGUUACUGUUAUCGUGGUUGCUUCUGCGAGUACGAGGAGGAGCAGCAACAGCCGGAGACGGAAUCGUCCGGUGAACACCACAAUGAAGAGGAUGGUAGCGAGGAAGAGAUGGAGAUGGAAUUGGGGGGAGUGAGAUGGGCCGUUGAUUUAGGGAUUUGGGUCAUGUGUUUGGGAGUAGGGUACCUGGUUUCCAAGGCCUCGUCCAGAAGUUUAUUAAAUUUAAGGCGUGGAAGGAUUUUAUGAGAUUUUUCACUCUUUUUUUUCCCUGAUUGGGUCAUGUAUACAGUUUUUCAGCAAACAAAAGAGUGUAAAUAGUAGAAUUUGAUCAUCUGGUCAUCUGGUGUUAAUUGAUAUAUUAUAUGGCAUGGCACCCAAUUUCGACA